AUAAUAAUAGAAAAAAGUAAUAAUGGGAAAGUGCUCUUUAUAACGAUAAAUUGCUGAAGUUUAUAGAGAAAAAAGAACUCUUAUCAACUCUAAUUAUACUCAGUGUGUCUAAAGAUCAUCAACUACAAUUCCUGAGAAGAUGUCGACGGUCACAGAGAUGAGAGUCCACAUGUGCUGUCCUGGAUGUGAAAGCAAGAUCAAGAAAACAUUAUCAAGGAUGAAAGGAGUGGAUGAAGUUGACAUAGACAUGGGCAUGCAAAAAGUGACAGUAAAUGGUAGCGCAGAGCCAAAGAAAGUAUUGAAAGCAGUGAGGGGUACAGGGAGAAGAGCAGAAUUAUGGCAAUUCCCUUAUCAACCUGAACUUAGGAGUUUCACACAUCAAUACCCAAAUCAAUGUCAAAGCAAUGGAACAGCAGCGGCAGCAUAUUCUGGACAGCCUCAGCCAGCUUCAUCAUCUUAUAACUACUUCAAGCAUGGUUAUGACGGACAUGAAUCUCAUGGCUAUUAUAAUUUCAAUAAUCCUUCACAUUCUUCUUCAUUUGUUGGUGCAAGAAAUGGUGAUGCUUUUAGUGAUGAGAAUCCUCAUGCAUGUUCCAUAAUGUGAAAUCAAGGUCACCGCACCAAUGAAUUUAUUUGGAUCGUAUAUGUUCUUUUCUAUAGUUUAGAAAAAGCGAGUCCUAGUUGGGACCUUUCUUUUCUGCUAGGAUGCGCAUAGUUCCAACUUGCCACCAAACUUAUUAAUUUUCCCUCCGUUUUUUACUAGUUGUAUCGUAUUGUCAUUUGAAAAUAUUUACAUUUUCUAUUUUCACCCUAU